AAACUUCAAUGCGUUUAAACGAUCCAGCCAGUACGCACGCACUCGAUUUUUUUUUUUUACUGUUUACCCGAACGUAAGUGAAACGAAACGGAAUUUCUUGCGCUACGUUCUGUUUUCAAUAUUUGAAUUUUGGUGGCAAACGAAACUGGACUUUGAGUGAAUACAAUAAAGUGCUGUGUAAAUUUUCAAUUAUCAUAUCAGCGAUAUGGUAUUGAUUUUAGCGUAAUUAUUGAUAGGCCAAAAGAACUACCUCAAAAUGGCGAAUAUCAGCAAGCUGGUUUUUGAAACAGCUUGCGAAGACCUUUCAUGCCAGUACAUGCUGCACCCGUGGCAUGAAAGCUGUAUAAAGUCAAUGCCUGAAACCUACAGACAUGCUGUGGUCGGCAGUGCUAAGUUUUAUUCUAUUAUUUUUGUGGCACAAUUAUUAAUGCAAAGAAAAAAGUGGCAUAAAAAAGAAAUGUGGAUAAAAAUGGGAGAGUACUACAUUAGGUCCACGCUGCUUGGCGCGGGUGUUGCAGGCACGCUCAUCUCAAUUGGUUGCAUUAUUAGAAAACUACAAGGAGACAAGUUCAGGUAUCACACUUAUAUGCUCUUGCCGUUUACACUCAAUGGACUGUUCAUAUACCUUGAGCCUCCGAGCAGGCGGAGUUUGGUCAUCAACCUGUUCUUCAAUUUGCUGGUGGAAUACUAUUUGAAAGCAUUACAAAGAGCAGGAUACCUGAAGAUAACGAAGACUAAGCAGACUCUUUUAUUCAUGAUCGGUAGCUCUAUCCUUUUCUACCUUAUGCGGUUAGAAGGGGAGAAAAAAGAACGGACUCCACUUUUCUGGUUAUUCACGCCAGAAAAGGUGAGAAGAAAAUCGGACGAUUCGAAAAAUGUCUGCCCCCAUGAAGGAUCAUGUGAAAAACAUAUAUUGAAGGGCUAUGGAACAUACUUCGGUAUCGGUUUCGCAAUUAGCCUGGCCAGAAUGAUUUUGCCCAGAAUCAGGACUCCUAUCAAAGCUCUCUCCACAAUCAACAGGAAGACUUUCAAGAUGGCGCUAUUCUUCGGCAGUUAUAUCGGUAUUUACAGAGCUGUGAUCUGCUACUUAUGCCGUAAGAGAGGUUACGAUUCAGCAGAAUACGCCUUGCCUGCGGGAUGUUUAUCUGGACUUUCAAUAUUGUUUAAUCAAUCCUUAGGGCUUUCUAUAGCCGCUGCAACGGGGGCUCUCAAAUUAUAUUCAACGAUUUUGUACGAGAAGAAAGUUCUACCAGAUAACAUUCCUCUACCGGAAAUGCUCUACUGCUUCUGUCAAGGGACCCUAUUCAAUGCGAGAUAUAUGGAUAGUGACAUUUGCCCCGGAUAUAUCUUCAACCUCAUGAGGGGUGUAAGCAAUGGAUGCUCCGAGUUGAUACAGAAGAAUUUGACAGACGCAUUAAAGAAGACUGCGGGUGUUUAGAAUAUUUUUUAUAGUUAAUUUUAGACGAAUUGAUAAUUUUCUUUUUUUACACGUUAUAGUUAAAUUUUACAUAACUCUCAGUUUUAUAUUAUAUUUUCGAAAGGUAUAAUGGUUGAGGAUUUAUUAAAACUAGGGAAAUAUUUUGAGGGCUGUGUUAUACUCGUAUUGAGGAUUGUUCACUUUUGAAUCAUUCAUUAUUUUCACAGAAUAAAAUUUAAUAAAAUUGAUCAAAAUUUAAGAACUGAUGUGCGAUUUAUAUUAGGUCAAACAGGAAUUAUUCUCAUAUUUUUUUGAAUGAAUAGUGUAAAAAAGAGUCACGUCUGUAAUAAUAAAUAUACCCGUAGUGUAUUUAUGGUGAUGUGUGGUAACAGACCCUAUACCUACUAGUAUAUACCUAC